UUGAAUGUUCUGAAGUGGAAAUCGGUCAAUUGUUGACCCUAUUUCUUAUUUCUAAUUAAUACUUGUGAUUUGUAUUUUAAAGUAUACUUCAUAAAUAAUGUUUUUUAUUUAAUAAUUUGUGGAUUGUGAUAUACAAGUGAUAAAGUGGAUUUGAAGCAUUUUUGCAAUUAGUUUGAUGAAUACGUCACAGCGCCAUGUUGUAUCCCUGCGCUGAUUGCAGGCACGAGAAAUCUGCCAACCCGUUUAUUUUCCGGGAUUAGUUCCCGUGAAUAAAUCUAACUGCGAUUUUGUACUCAAAUAUAUUAAAAUUUAUAUUUGUUGGCAAAUGUCAAUCAAAUUAUCAUAAUUAGAUGUAUACUUGUUGUCGUAUUUCGAGUGUUAGAUCCUAAUUUCAACUGCAGUUUUGUGCAUCCGCGAAAGUUGAAAGACUGUGUUGUAAAAGAAGUGAUAAUAAUUAGCCAAAAUUCCGGUCCCUACGCGCAGACGAGAAGGUGCCUACCCGCCGGGGCAGUCGGGCGAAGGAGAUAUGAAUAACAAACGCAAAAAUCGCCAAGGGCCGCCGAGGUCGCCGCGAGGGCGCGUGGUGGCGGAGGGCGUGUACAACAACGCGCACUUCAUGCACGCGGCCACCAGGCACGUGGGCGAGAUGGUGCAGGUGCUCACGCAGUCCGGCAGCCUGUGGGAGGGCGUGUUCCGCACCUUCAGCUCGCAGUUUGAGGUGGUGCUAGAAGUGGCUCACCGCGUGGACCAAGAGGGCGUGGUGGCGGUGGACUCGGUGGUCGAGAAGCUGAUCUUCAAGCCUCAGGACGUGGUCUCCAUCCGAGCCAAGGACUCCGACCUGGAGUAUGCGACCCACGAUGUCUUUCAGACCGAUAGCGCUAUAUCGGCUGGCAAGUUUAAUGGCAACGGGCGCUCAGGCGAGGAGCGGCACCUGGAGCCGUGGGACGGGUGCCUGGGCGACUGCGGCGACGCGCCGGCGCUCAACGGAGACGCGCGCCUCGACUCGCUCGAGCUCGACCACCGCGCCAACGGAUGGGACGCCAAUGACAUGUUUAGGAAGAAUGAGGAGGUAUACGGCGUGCACAGCACCUACGACCACUCGCUGACCGGAUACACACUGCCGCUGCAGCGGAAGGACACACAGGAUUACAGAGAAGCGGAAGCGAAAGCAGAAGAGAUCGCAGCAGAGAUAGAGAGCGCGUCCACAUACAAGGCGCGCAUAGAGCUGGAGAAUGGAGAUGAAGAGGAGAGAUACGCGGCCGUGGUGCGACCUAGCGCUCCCGCUGACACCGGCAAAUACGUCAUUCCUAACAAAAGGAAGAAUAUGCAGGGCGCCGGCGGCCUAGUGAAGCCGACAGUGAACAACAACUCGCCCAACGCGUCCAACGCCCCAGCCAAGUCGUACGCGAGCCCGCACCCACGCAAGGAGGACAAGGAGCAGCGGCCGCCGCGACACCACCUCACGCCGCCCAGCGAGAGGCGGCAGGACGAGACCGCUAAUAGGAGCGCGAACCCCCCUAGCGGCGGCACGGCGGGCAAGAGCUACGCGGCGCAGGCGGGCGGCUACCACGCGCCGCCGCCCUUCCCGCACCAGGGGCAGCCCGCUCCGCCUCCCACGGUAAUACAGCCGAAGGUGAACGGCGAGCCGCGCCCGCCCGCGCACGCCAGACAGUUCCCGCCGCAGCCGCAUCACCAGAGCCCGGCGCCCCCGCAGGAGGCGCACCCGCGGCCGCCGCGCCACCACGCGCCGCCCGAGCCAAGGCGACAGGAUGAAGUACAGGAGCUCCGUAAAUUCGGACAAGAGUUCAAGCUGGUGUCUUCACCAGGAGUCGCGCCGCCGCCCGCGCCCGCGCCCGUCUUACAGCAGCCCCCGACGCCCACCACGCCCGAGGUGUCGGCCGAGGCGCCGCCGGAGCCGCGCGGCAAACGCCAGGACAUACCCCUGCACAAGCCACCCCCAGCCCCAAAGCCAGAAGAGCCAGCAGCGGUCCGCUCGCCGCUGCCCGCGUCGCCGCCGGUGGCCGUGUCGCCGCCCGUCGAGCGUGUCGCCGUCACGCUCAAGAAGUCCACGCUGAACCCCAACGCGAAGGAGUUCAACCCGUGCGCGAAGCCGUUCACUCCGCGGAGCCCGAGCACGCCCAAUCAGAGCAGGCCGCACACGCCGGGCACGCCGGUGGGCGCGCUGGGCGGCGUGGGCGUGGUGGGCGCCGGCGUCAGCUACAUGCCCGCGCCGCACCCGCCGCCGCCGCAUAUGGUGGCCGCAGUACCGGCCUACGCGAUGGUGGCGGCGGCGGCGGCGGCCGCUCAGCAGCAGCCCACUUACAUACCGCAUCCACACCCUCUGGCGUACGGAGCCAUGGGGGGCGGCGGCGGCGUGGGCGGCGGCGCGGGGCAGCACGCGCAGCACGCCAUGCCGCAGCAGCAGCAGAGGAACUUCAGGAAAGUGGGCGUCGGCGCGGGCGUGGGCGUGGCGGCGGCGACGGGGCAGCCGCUCCUGGCGCCCGCCCCCAUGCAGCAGUUCGUGCCCUACCCGCACCCCGCGCCGCCGCAGCCGCAGCCCAUGUACCAGCAUAUGGUCCGCAUGUACCACGGCGGCGGCAUGGGCGGCAUGGGCGGCAUGGUGGGCGGCGAGGGCGUGUACCCGCCCCCCGCGUCGCCCGCCGCCUCGCCCGCGCUGUACCCCCCGCCCCCGCCCUCGCCCGCGCACACGCCGCACCACCACUACCAGCAGCCACCCUUCCAGGUGCUCUGCCCGCUCAUGGGCCCGGGCGGCGGCGGCGGCCACCACCACCACCACCACCACGUGACGUACCUGAACCACGCGCCGCCCACCGCCUCGCCGCCGCACCCGCCGCCGCAGCAUCUGCAGCCAGUCCUGAUGCAGCAACACCAGCACCACCAAUCAGGAGGCAGCAGCACCCCCGGCGUGCACAGCGGGCCGCACCCGUAACCUGCCCCGCCCCGCCCCUCGCCCCGCCCCCCGCGCGCCGCCGCCCUCACCGCGCCGCCGUGCUAAGCCACCGGUGACCUUAGCCGCUAGUCUUUACUUUAACCGCCUAACUACACUGGCCUUUGAGACACCCUGUAUAAUGUGAAUGUUUGUCGUGGUGGCCCAGUUAUUAACACUUUGGGAGUCUAGAGUGAAGUUACCGCAUGGUACUAACACUCUCGAGCGAUUAAGUGCUCCCUCAGUUGUGUAUUGCGUAAGUGUAGUUUAAUCUUUGGAGUAAACUCUAGUUAAGAUGGAGCGAUGUAAUCACCAGCAAUAAUGUAGAAGUAGAUUUGGGAAUGAAUUAUGUAUGAGAGCGUUUAAUAAUACCUACUAUGGUGCAGGUAUUGAAAAGGCUGCUUUUUCUAAGCGUGUCGCUGAAAUGUCACCAAUGAUACAUAGUUUAUUCUUCGAAGGUACCCUAGGUGUAAGGACUGGCUAUGUCACUUUGUCAGUUUAUCAAAUGGUGCACUGGCACGAUUCUUAUUCGUAAUUUUAUAUCGAUUUAGAUUUAAAUCAAAUAAAAAUACACCGAUUUGCCUUACUUUGUGUUGCGUAUGGCAAUAAUAUUCCGCAAUAAUUUAGAAGCCGUCUGUUUAAGAUUUAGCUUAAAGACGCCACCUCCAAUCGUGAACGGGGGUUUUUAUACAAUGUUUUUAUUUAGUUUUCAAUGUAAAUUCGAUGUUGCCAGUUCUAUAAAAUAUUUUUGCGUAUAAUUGAUUGCCAGUGUACAUGAUUCGCAUAAGAAAAACGUAGCUUAGCACGGCGGUAAAAUUAUUUAAAUGGAUAUAAUUAUUACUUGUUUUUUUUUGUUGUAAGUUUAAGAGUGAGUGUGUUGAAAGAUGAUGAAUGUUGUCUGUUCCUGAACAACGAAUGUGCUUUCAGGACUAGAAGUAACUUGUAAUAUAGGUAGAUAAUUUACUUCCACUAUAUUUUUGUUUCAUAAGCCAGUUUGUUGAGGGGUGUUUCUAUAAACUGAAUUUAAUUACUUUUAUUUAAAACGUGGCUUUUAGAGUAACUUAAUUCUUGCGGGCGAGAAGAUAUAGUAGAUAUUUUAUAUGAUUAUCACAAUAUUUAUUGGUGUUGUAAUAUUUCUUUGUUUUCUUUUAAAGCUACAGCUGAAUUUCGUAUGUUCAGUAUAGAAGCGCCCUUUCACAACGAUGACACGGCCCAUCAACAGCAAUCAUCGAUGACAAAAAUUAGGUGGCUAUACCCAAUAUCUUGUAUUUAUUUAGCGCUAUUGUAGACUGUGAACACUCUGUCUUACUUCAGUCGAAAACCAAAUUAUUAUUACAUAAAAAUGUAUUCUAAAAUACGUUAUAAUUAUAAUAGGAAACUUGAGUUGAAUUGAGCAGUCAGUUUGAUAGCAUUUUUGAACCAUGAAGUUUUAGAGCAAAUCUAAUAUUAUGCUUUAUGUACUCCAUGGUAACAUUAGAAAGUAAUAGUUUCAAUUUUAAGUUGGUAACUUCGGAUAUGAGUUGUUGCCCUAAGAUUUCAUAUUUUAUAGAGACGUGGGUAUCUAUAGAUUUGUUUUAUUUGUUUUUAAACAAUUUUUAGUAACUCCAUCACAUGUUAUAUCGGUUUUUAAAAUCAAUUUAUGUGACAAAUAGAGUUUUUUUUAUUAUUUUGAACUCCGAAAGUACUAUUAGCAUCAUUGGACAUAGUAUUUUACAAGCAUAUCUGAUGUCACAACAAUCCAUGCCUUUUGAACAGAUAACUGGCAGGUUAUUUUGAUAACUUGUAAGAUUAAGUAUUUAUUUUUUGACAAAAUACUAUAUUGCAGAAACUUAAGUACUAAAAAUAGUUAUAGCAAAACUUAUCAAUCGGUCAAAUCUGCAACUCGUGAACAAAUAAACCAGUUAUGAUUUUGGUGAAUCGUUCGUCUCUAUUUUGUGUUGAAUCAAUUGUCCUAGAUAGUCCUAUCUUCGCGAUGCUAAGACCUAGUUAUGUAAUGAAACAUCACUGCCUUUUAGACAUACCUUUCAGUUGUGCUUCGACUUUACUUGUUAGUGUGACGUCACUUAAAGGGCUGAGUUAUUAUUAGGAGCUAAUACUAUAAGGAAGUUGAUCAAUAGUGUGCUUGCAUGUGGUAUCAUUCGAAUUAAAAUGGCGGCCGAUGUCAAGUCGCGUAAAAAGCACGCCAUUUUUUGUAACUACAUUAAAAUUGGGGAAUUAUAUAAAUAGAACCGGUGCGUAACUAGUGAUUGCGUAUAGAUAUAUGACAAUAAAACAAAUUGAUAAAAGUCUAGGCUUAGGAUACUCGAGUCUUACGAAUAAAUAUUUAAUGUUCUAGGUUUUUUUUGCGUCUUAGUUUAUAAUUUUAUUUAUCGUUAUGUCUGUUUUGCACAAGUUUGUGGGUUUAGUUGUUUUUUUAUUAUUUUAAUAUAUAUUAUUAGUUUAUUAUUUAAUUCGGGGCAGCUUCUUUUUGCUUUCAAAUUUAGACGCGUUGAGUUUGAAGCUCGCAGCCGUCGCCGCGACUGUGGUGACGUCACGACGCGGCGAAUAGAUCAGCUUGGAAAUUAUAAAUAUGUAUGAAUAGACAUGAGAGUUGUGUGUUUGAUAAUUUAUUUAAAGGGAUGAAGGGGAGCUCAGUCCAUUACCUCCGCGCGGUGCUCCCUGGGUCGCGCCAAGUGUGGACAAGUGACAUUCACAUGAUACUUUUGUUUUAAAAAAAUCCCGUACAUAGCCAGUGUUGCCAUUCGUUACAUAAAAACUAGCGUCAACGUCACAGCGUACAACCUUGGCACCCGCAAAAAGACAAAAUUUUCACCGUAAUGUAUUUUGUAACGGCUUUCUGACGCAAAUCUACCAUCUUGCACUGUCAAAAACAUUACCCUCCUCCUUCGGCAGUCGGGUAAAAAGCAAAUGACAUCAGGUGCCUUGCUUCAGCUGGCAGCAUGGUAACACUGGCGUGUUUAUUGUAUAUAAGAUGUGGGCCGUAUGCGUGACACUGCCAUUCAGGUUUAGGAUCGCGUUUUCAGCAGUUGGCGUUAUGUAAACUACAUAAAAAUGAUUCUGUAUUGAUAUCUCGGGUGGAAUAUUUGUAUUACGCGUGUAAACCUACUAUGGUACAUUAUGUUUGUUAAAUUACAAGGAUAGAGUAUUCAAAACCGAAGUUUUACGAUAAGUAAAACCAAAAUACAAAAUCUUUUAUGACGUAACCUUUAGAUAGGUUUCUUAAGGAGCUAGAUUAUAAAAUUACAACUGUCUACAAAAUAUACAUUCGCAUAUUAUUUAUCAGCCGAAAGUCCACAUUUAAAAAUACGAUAGUCUCUUUAUAAAUAGUUGUAAAUAUUGUGUAUAAAUAAUAUAGACGGGAUGAAUGCUGGAGGCCUUCCCGCGGCGGCUUCUAUUCGUUUAUGAUUUGUGAUGUAAAAAAUACAAUUUCGAAAAUCCUUCUAAAAAAAUCACAAAAAAAUGUACUUGAUGAAGAAGAGGCCUACGACCCGCGCCAUGUUCGUGACGCGAGCUCCUCGAGAACAUGGCGCUGGUCUCAUUACGUUUAUUCCCUUAUUUGUUUUGAUUUAUAGUUUUAUGCGCGCGAGUCGAGCGAGCUCGCGGUUGUUGCUUCCUGUGAGAUGAUGUAUGCGCGUGGGUUACUGUUGUACGCCAUAUUGUGUCAUUGUGUUUGCUGUCUCGCUCUCGAUAUUAUUUCCCGCGUCACAAAACUACCGGUGUACUUUGUGACGUCAUUGUUUUUCUUGUAGUACACUUUUUUGAUUGUGAAUCUAUUUGGAGUUUAUGUGAAACUUUAAAGUGACGUGUAUUAUUGUGGGCGUGUAUGAAGUUUUUAACGGAGUCUUUACAAAACUUAUCUGUGAAUAUGGUAGUUUAUUUUAUUUGUACGUAUUCAAAAGUUUGGUACGUAUCGGAUUCCUCUUUAGUUUUGAAACGUCACGGAUAUGUAUGAUUAAUUAUAAAACUACGAAUACAAAGUUCCUUUGAAAACUGUUAGUAUCUUGGGUUGUGGGGUAGUACGACGUGUCGAUGGCAAUACUCUGCUAUCUUUGUCAGCGUGUAGGUGACACGAAACUUUAUGUCAAAUUACUAUAGAGAUUGUAGAAUCAGUUGCAGAAACAAUGGUGAAAGCUCAAUUUGAAAAGUCUAAAUUACGUUUAGUAUUGAAACAAGAUUGAUUAUGUACUAAUGAUAUUCACGCACAGUUUUCGUACUGAGGCCAUUCAUUUGCUUUUCGACUGUAGACCACUAAAUACUAAUAUAUAAAAAUAUAUAUUAUAAUAUGUCAUAUAAUGUAUUUGUUAAAAAUAAGUGUCAACGAUCCAUAUUUAAAUAUAAAGUAAAUUCCUUGUGCCUUGAAUGUUCAGUACAGUCUUCACAGAAUAUUUAUCGUUUACAAUCGAGGUAACGGUUACUUGAUUUCAAAUAUUUCAACUAAUAAGCGGUUGAUGUUAAUGACUUGUCGCAGACGUAAUUGUUUUGUUACUUCAUUUAAAUACAUAAACGAACCUAAUAUGUAGUACAGCUUCAACUACACAGGUAAAAUAUGAAUGAACUGUGAACCUAAGUUUAUAUAUAAUUAUAUAUUUUGCGACAAUGGCAUUUAAACAUUGUACUACGUAAUCCUACCCACUUGAAUAAUGAUGUAAACUGAAAUUAGCAUGCCUAGAGCAGCUUCAACCUCACGUGUCGUGAGUAAACACGUUUUGUAUGCAUUUGUACGCGCGAUGAUAAUGUAUUUAUAUAUAGAAUAUAUAAAUUGCCUUAUACAUGUGUGUGUCGCCCGAUGGAGGGCGUGUGUGUAAGUGGAACGAACAUAAUUAUCCCGAGACUAUGGAUUUUCAUUUAUUUACAAAGAGUUUAUGACAAAUCCAUAUUUGGGACUUCAUAAUUCUAGUUCAUGAUAUAAAAUAUUGUGAAUAUUUGUUAGCCAUAUUGGUUAAGCUAAUGAUUGGGUCGCGAAGGGUUUAUCGCUAAUCCGAUAUGGGAUGUCCCCGUGCUUGUGACUAGCAUUAUGAAAACGGAUAAAUGUGUUAAGACUGAGGUGCGAUUAUGUAUGAAGAAGCUAAACGUUUUAGCUGUAAAAUGUGUAAUGCGAUGGUUUUUUAUAAGAAGUGACGAUCCAUUCAGAGUUUCAGAGCCUAAGAACUCAAUUCUUAGAUUGUAAUUUAUAUAAAGAAAAACAAGAAACUGAUAUGUUUACGCAUACUUAUGCUUCAAUUUUAUUUGUGAAUCUCUGAGACAUGGUAUCUUUCGUUGACGAUUGUUACAUUUCUCAGUGAUAACAUCCAUACCGAAACAAGCUUAUGUAUUCCUGUAUAGUUUGAUUUCUUGCGAUUAACUCGCAUACAGUUCUGUGCCAAACGAUUAUGGCAAAUGUUCAAUGACUAUUUUUUAAGGCACAUAACACCUGGUGUCUUCAAAUAUUUUUCAAUAAAAAAGUUAAAAAAAUGUGUUUUGAACACAACA